CCUUUACUUAUUUCGCGGCGUUUGCUGUCUGAUGAAGGACAGGAGCGCCCGGCUGGUUACGCAGGCGCCGACCGGCACCUUGCGUUCAGACAGCCCUGCCAUUUGCACCGAUUAUCAUCUGAAUAUGAAUAAUUUAACUCGUGGUCACUUUCCCAUCACCCGCGGGCUACACCCGGGACCCUAUAUUUGACGGAGGUGGCGGAGAUUUAAAUCCGAUUAAGAUUACGCUGUAAGGGAAACAACAAAAGAGUGACGUUUCUUCUUCUUCUUCUCUCUUUGUUUAGCCCCCUGGAUUGAGGGGCAUGGCUGAUCAAAGUUAGUGUCUGGCCUGUGAGAUGGCAGAUAUCGAUGCUUUUAGGGGCAUUCAUGAUGGGUUUGUGAGAGAGGCGCUGAGGUUAAAUCUCACAACCCCCAGUAUAUUAAUAUUAUAUCAACACAAUAUAAUAUACAGUUAUAGCAAAAUCUCAACAAAAUAGUGCUCGGUCUAUAAUUCACCAUAUUCUCAAACGCAUGUGUUAUGCAUCGGUAUUGGAAAUCCACGCUGUCGUGUGCGCAGUGAAAUCACCGUCACUAGCUACAGAUGGGAAAUGCACGGACGAAAUCCUGGCUGAUCAGAGGAGGGGGGGGGGAUGCCAGGAGUCUGGGUAGUAAAACACGCACACUAUGAAUGGGCGUAGGCGAUGUGCAGCCAGCCUGAGACAAUCGUCUCUUCCGAUUUUUCCUUCGCUCGUGUCCUUUGGCCAUGCACCUCUCUCCCUGCUCUAUCUCUCUCUCACGCUCCCGUGCCGUGUCGGGCAUGACAAGCGCAACAUAACUAGACCGGAACAAUGCGUUUCGCUUGUUCUGGGGCCCUCCGUUUAACGCAUGGCGUGAUUUAAUGUGACCGCUUUGUUGCGACCCAGACGUGUGUAGUAAUGUAGCUUCCACUCAUUGCUAUCUUUUCAUUUAUAUCUUCUUUUCAUGCUUCUGUUUGCGGUCCGUAUGGCGUUUUGGCGGAUCCUAAACAUAAAGCUGCUUUCACUUAGCGUGUAUACAUGUGAGCACGUCGCCUGCGCUCCUGCCAGCGCUGCAGGCUUUGUGCUAUGACUCAGGGAUGUAUGCUGAAGCAUGUGAUGGGAAUUGCUGCUCUGAGGUCACUCCGCCAGAGAAGAAAAGCGACGGGGAGAACUUGCACAUCAGGAAAGACUUGAUGCCUGGCUGCAUUAUCCUCGAUCUUCUCUGCUGACUGCUCCUCUGCCCCACUUAACCAGAGCCAGUCUACCAUCCUCUCCCCCUCUCUUCAUCUUUAGUCUCAGCUCCAUGUCUCCGGGGCAGACUGUGCUGCUGCUGAGCUGGUGUUUUGCUGCUCCUGCUCCCAAUACGCUGACCAGUACGACCUGCUGAAGAAUUCAUCUUCAGUUCAUGUUAUUAUAAAGAGGAAGAUUUCCGCUAAUUAGUAGUCACGGGUUGCCUAAUGUGAUUGUAGAGGCUGUUUCUGGUGGAUAUAUGAAGGACUAUAUCCAUGCAACAUGGGUUUAUUAUUGAGUAUUUUACACCUGUUUCUUCCUGGAGCUGUCGCCAGAGGAAACAGGAGACGUGACCUCAUUCAUGUGACAGCUCUCUGGUGAUGCCACCACUGACUGGCAGUGGUAUCUUAAUGUAGGCCAACCCCCCUUUUCUGUGAACAUAUAGCAAAAGACUUUGAGAAUGAAAAGAAUUUUCCUUAAAAGCCCAAGCAAAUCAUCGGCUCCUAAUAAUCAGGUUUUCUGUUCUUAGCUGUGAUAUGAAAUAUUGAAAGCCUGCUGUAUCUGCGUUAUUACAGAACCCGGGCAUUAUUAUAGCUUGUAGCAAACAGACUGAACUCUUAUUGCUUUUACUUAAAGAUAAGACUUGUAUUGUGUUCCUCUUAAGGAUCACAGACUUGAAGGAAAUUGACUCAGACAGCAAAAGAAAAAAAGUGUUGCAGAAAUUCCAGACUUGCUACAUCUAUCACCCUGGUAUAUCCAAAAGCUUUCCUCAGACAUCAGACAUCUCCUCUCUUUUUAUGUCUGUCUGCAUGUUUCCUUCUCUUUAGAACCAUGAGAACCAUUGAUAUAGAUCUGUGACACAACACAACGUACCCAUUAUUUAAUAGUGCACAGGGGAGCUCAAGCCUUGCCAGGUCGCUGAUGAAAGGGGGAAUGAAACAAGCGGUGCACGGUGAGCUCGGUCUCCAUAAUGCUAAUGGAAUGAGCUGACAGACGGAAUGAGAAACAGAAGAUGGGAUUAUGUCUGGAAGACAGGUUGCAGUAACAAACAACCAGCAAAACACAACAUGCCGUGAAGUUAAACAAGCAAACAAGCUGUUCCUUUUAAAAUCAACCUUAUCAGUGAUUUUAUUCCUUCUUAUUUUUUGCAAUUGCAUAGCAUGGACCACUGCCACAUGCCGCAUCAUAUAAGGAAAACAAGCAACCUCCACCAAUAGAAAGUCAACAAAAACCCCUACAGCUAGCUUUGGUGAUGUUUCUAGUUAAUUCUAUGGCAGACCAUCACCUAGAAAUUUUGUACAGCAUUUUAUGCUGGCAUGCUUAGUGGAUGUUGAAUCUAAAUAUUUAAUGGGCACAAGAAAGCAUCAGCCUCAUGGUAGCACUAAACAAAAAGUCAGAGAUUCUCCAGAGUCAGCUGGAUUCAUCAUCCAUGUGCCUCAAGAGUCUCCACCAAAUUCUGUGGUAAUAUUUGUAGACAUACACAUCAUGGUGCCCACGGAGCCACAGCCAAUCUGGCUAAAAAUACAAGACUAUGUAGGGGCGUCUCACAGGUUUGGUGGUUUGAUCUCUGCCUCCUGCUACUUUGUAUCCUUUUACUGGAUAUUAAAGCACCUCCAAAAACCUCUUCCAAUCUAUGUAUGUAUGUGUAAUACCAUAUAAAUACACACGCUUUAACUCUUUACCCCCUGAAAGUCUAUUAAGAGCAACACUUGAAACGCUUUUCUGAACUGAGCAGCUUCUGUCAUAUUUCAGGCCUGCUUAUAGAAGAAAAUUUACUGGGUGUGUAUCAGAAAUUAGUGAGGGUGGUCUCUACCUCUGCAGCUAACCUCGGAAAAGGCCGGAAACUGUCCUAAUGGCAGUCAAACCACAGCUUUAUUGAUAUAUACUGAGGUGUCAAAAGCUGUCAUUAAGGGUGCGGGGAAGGUCGUCAAAUGUCGUCUUUAUGGAGAAAAGAGUUAAUGAAAAGCAUCUGAUGGUUCAUCAUGGAGUCGCUUUUUAAUUACUUUAACCAAAGUUGAACAUUAUUUUAGACACGGUCCAUUUUAAGUUCUGUGGUUAUACAACAUCCACAUAUUGAGCUUCUUACACGAAGCGACUUACAGUUCCUUACUUACACGCAUAGAGCUACAGUGAACACUCAAAAGUGUCUUUUUAUUUAGACAUUCAUUAGCAAAUUUAAUGAAAUAGUCAACUUUUUUUUGGCUUUCUAAGAACACAUUGUGAGUGUUUCCCCACCUUAUAUAUGCAGUCAAGCAUGUAUUUACUUUAUUUUUAAAGUCCUUCAGUAUGAGUAAAGUAUCUUGUUGCACUAAGUGAAAGACAAAGAACAAAUCCUGCACUCUGACUGACUCUGGGGGGUUGUGUUGUCUGCUCUGCUUGUUGUUCUUCACGUUUACAACUUUGCAUUUAUGAAAUCUGAAUCAUUUCAGCUGUCUCACAUUAAAUCCCCCCCCCCCAAACACCACCACCACCACCUCCUCCAGUCCUCCAAGUAUUGAAACACGCAGUAUUUUCUGCCAAGCGUGCUGCUGUUGGACUGAAUGUUCCCUGAAGUCUGUGUCCAACUUUAUUGGCAACAACUGUGAGCUAAAAUGAAAUGUGGAGUUGCUGAACCAACCCCUGCUGCCGCUGUCCUGCACCUCAUGCGGUGCAGCUGUAUUCGGCGUGUCGUGCUCAGCUUGGGAAGGGGGUUGGGGUGCGUAUUUGUGCACGGGACAGAUUGGGAACAAGAUGUCCAAAACACCCAACCGGUCCUUUCUAAAUAAAAUCUGUUGUCGAGUCAGUGGAUUCAUGCCCUGAUGCGACUUCUCUGUGCCACGUUCAGGUUUUUCUGUACUGACGUGGUUUAGCCCAGCAGUGCUAAUUGGGCUUAAAACCAUUUUCUCUUCAGCUGACUGCACAGGAACUGCCCGUUCAGUACCACCUCUCAGCCCCCUGAGGAUAGAGUCCAGAAGCCCAAUUCUAUGAACUGCAUGCGUCCUCAAACUGGGAUUAAAUAACUGGCUGUUUUGUCAGCGACAGAGAGACAUUGUGUGAGGAAAAUGAGCAGACGGGGGAGGGAUUGUCUUAGAGAAAUCAGACACAGACAAAAGAGAGAGAGAAAAAAAGAGGGAAGACAGACUUUAUUACCUAACAGCAUUCUUCUACGUUCGCCAUGUAAAGUGAAGGCUGGUGUAGGGGUGAGAAGGUGAAGGGAAAAAAGAGGAGGGAGACUGAGUGAAAGGCCAGGCAGGCUCUGAGGCUUACUGAUGAGUUGUUUGCAUGGUGAGCUCGGGGAUUUCAGGACGUGACAGUGCAGGAUGGCAUUUAAGAUUCACUAUUGAUUCAGAGAGAGAUUAAGGAGCAGACCCGUCACCGUCUUCCACUGUGCUGGGUUUGGAUAAAAUGAAGAUGCUGGCACAUAUUGAGAAAACUGAAGCGAUCUCUCACAGUCAGAGAGGAGGGUUCUACCAACGCUACAGGUGGUGUAGCUCCAGAUUGGCAUCGGCCCUGAUGAUCGCAACAACCCCUCUCCACCUCUUUUCAACCUACCCAGAGCUGAUGUCUCAGAGGGCGAGGGGGUAUGUUUGUUCCGGAGUCUUGAAGAGACAAGCUACAUCACGAUAAAUGGAGGAGCAGGAGCGAUGCAGGAGCAGGUCUCCGGCUCGGAGGGCCAGUCGGGUGCAGCAGGUGGUGGGGACAAUAAUACGACGCACUCGAGAGUCACUUAGCAGAGAGCGGUUGCUAGGCGAUGGGAGGUCGCAGCGCUCCAACAGUCUGUCCAAUCAGAACUUCCAGGCCAAGCUGACAUUGCAGAUUACCAGGGACCCGGUCCUGGACAGCAGCACUGGACAUGGCUUCACCCUCACCACAAACGCACCCCUGCUGGUCAGGGACAUCGCCACAGGAAGUCCUGCAGAUGGGAUACUAUUCCCAGGGGACCAGGUGCUGCAGAUUAAUGAUACAGCGAUGGAGGAUUUGAGUGAAGAGCAGGUGGAAAAUGUCUUAAGGAACUUGGAGGAUUGUAUCAAUGUGACUAUCCUGCGGCACAUGACAAAUCCCAAGUCAUCCAUUAUGUCAGCAGAGAAGAGAGCUCGUCUGAGGAGUAAUCCAGUUAAAGUGCGCUUUGCAGAGGAGGUGGUGGUCAAUGGGCACACUCAGGGAAACUCUCUUCUCUUCCUGCCCAAUGUUCUGAAAGUCUAUUUAGAGAACGGACAGACCAAGGCUUUCAAGUUCGACAACAACACCACCGUCAAGGACAUUGUUCUGACCCUGAAGGAUAAGCUGUCCAUCCGGGCCAUCGAGUACUUCGCCCUGGUGCUAGAGCAACAGUACAGCAUCACCAAACUGCUGCUACUGCAUGAAGAUGAGCUCAUUCAGAGGGUGGUGCAAAAGAAAGACUCCCACGAUUACAGGUGUCUGUUCAGGGUUUGUUUCAUCCCCAGAGACCCAGGAGACCUACUGCAGGAUGACCCCUCUGCCUUUGAGUACUUCUUUUUACAGAGUGUUGGCGAUGUGCUACGGGAGCGUUUCGCGGUGGAGAUGAAGUGCAACACUGCACUCCGCCUGGCAGCCCUGCACAUGCAUGAGAGACUAGAUAGUUGUGGACAGACCAGAACCUCAGUCAAGAGUAUUACGAAGGAGUUCGGCUUGGACAGCUUCAUCUCUCCUACGCUGCUGGGCAACAUGAGAGAGAAGGACCUGAGGAAAGCCAUUAGCUACCACCUCAAAAAGAUCCAGUCCCUGCUAGAGCCACGCCAGAAGGUAAUAUCUGCCAAUCAGGCUCGUUUGGCCUACCUCACUCAGCUGGGAGAGCUCAUUUCUUAUGGGGGACGGUCGUACACAGCCACAAUGAUGCUUCAGGACAGGGAAGUGCUGGUCACGCUGCUGGUGGGAGCCAAGUAUGGGAUGAGUCAGGUCAUCAACCACAAGCUCAAUGUGAUCUCUACGCUGGUCGAGUUCAGCAGCAUCAGCCGAGUGGAGCUGCUCACGGAGUCGGACAAAGUCAGCUUGCUGCGCAUCUCGCUGCAUGACAUGAAGCCAUUUGCCUUACUGAUGGACUCUCUGGCAGCCAAAGACUUAGGGUGUCUGCUGGGAGGCUACUGCAAACUCCUGGUGGAUCCCAAUGUCAACGUCUUCCGUCUGGGGCGCCCAAAAGUGAGGGUGCACCGGAUUCCUGCUGAAGAAGGUGUGUGUGGGAGGUUCGCCGUAAUAGAGGGCGUGUGCUAUGAAUCCCUAUCAAGUUAUGUGUCUCGCUGCUGCAGUGACUCAGACGACUCAACAGACGAGGAUGACCCGAUGGAUUCUCAGAAUUACAAACGCCCAGACCCAGCAAGUCAGGACUGGGAAGAGAGGAGAAGAGAGGAGGAAGAGAAGAGGAGAGAGGAAGAAAGAAAAGAGAGAGAGGAGCACAAAGGCAAACAGGAAGUGAGGAUAAUAGUGACAACAGAAGGUAAAGGAAAUGAGAGUCCAGAUGAAGGAGGAGCAACAGGAAGUGGUCUGCAUAAAUUCAGUGUUAUGGAUGAAGAAAUGAACCUGGACUCUUCCUGGUACCACACUGACCUGCGAGUCACCAGCAGCUUCUCCAGCUUGUCCAGCAGUUCCUUGAGCACUGCACUUGAGGAGAGCAGUGCUGCCAGCAAAUCCAAAUCUCGCCUUCACGGGCCGCACGUAGGCGAGGAUGUUCCGAGUUUUGAUGUUCACCACCCCUACCUCCUGGAGCCAAAACGCCAUCAAGGGCCACGUAGACCCACUAACCUCAAUUACCGUGGGAAUGACAACUCUUGCCUCUGCUUUGCUGACCUCUCCAAGUCUGACUUCCUACCAAGCCCGCCUGGGGCUACCAGUGAUGACGAUGAUGACGAUGAAGAGGAGGAAGAUCGGGGCGCUGAGACACUUAGACGUAUUUCUAAGAUUCCUAGUUCAAGAGAUUUGAGAAUGAUUGACAGCAUACCCUUUCAAAGAUCACCUAUUAAAAGAAAGAAAAAGACCCCUCCCAAAGUCCCAGUAAGAACAAGUUCAAUUCCUGGGAGCAAAGCAGGAAAGGCUGAGAACCGCCUGUCAAAGGAUGAAGACAGCAUGUUUCUGACACCUUCACCCAACCCCAAGCCGAAUCUUUUGGUCAAAGACAAUGUCUCAGACUCUGAGGAUGAGUUUUUCGAUGCACAAGAGAGAUUUACUCCUCCAGUUCCUGAUCUCUCAGAUGCAGAGCUGGCUGACCGACGCAAUGCUAAUCGUUUGAGUGGAACCUGGAACAGUCUUCCAGCUGUCUCGCGGAAAGAGCCGUCAUCUCCACUUGCCAAUAAAAGCCAAUCCUAUAAAGCCAAGAAAGAAGCGGAUACACUUAAAGCCCCUUCGAAUCAACUCAACAACCAGCAAGGCAGUCCUUCAAAGCCAUCACAGAAACCUGAUGUUAAGGUCAAACCACCAUUGGCACCGAAACCACAGCUGCCUCCCAAACCUCAGAUCAUUCCUCCCAAGUCUCCCCAGCAUGGGAGAUCAUAUGCCCAAUGCAAUGGAGAUGCCUCUGGACGUUUGUCGUCGGAACUCCUUGAAAUGGAGCCGGACACCAUGGAGUUCAAGUCGGUCACAUCAGGUGGAUUGCCUAUGUCGUCAUCCUUGAUCACAGCAGUGCGAUAUAGCAAGCAAUCACUAUCACAAGAUGAAGAAAAGACAAAAAGACAGGAAAGCAGCACAAAACAAAGUAAAGAUCUAGAAAAUGGAGCGCGUGCUGUUUCCAAAAAAGAAAAAUACGUUCCUGAUGAAUCGCAAAUUCCUGAAGCUGAGGGGAAAACCAGUGGAACUGACCUGCUAACAAAGAGGCCAGCAAGCCUAACCCCAAUCACUCACUCUAAUUCAGGAACUAAGCUAACAAUACCCCCUCCAGUGCCUCCCAAACCCACUUCACCAAGCAAUCUUCACCCCUUAUCGCUACCUGCCAGCUCUCCCGUCUCUCCUACUGAUCCAAGCAAAGGGAUCUGUAAGGAUGGCGUCAGUACUCCAAAUGGAAUUCACCCUUGGAGCAGUCGUAAUGGGAGCAUCCAGUCAGGACCUAGAAGGGUCUCUCUGAGCCACGAGAGCCUUUCACCCAAAAAUACAGAUGCACCUCUUACAGUUACCACCUCGCUGACCUCAACCAAUUCUAAAGGGGGCCUAGAAAGCAGAGAAUCUGGAAGAUCUGGUUCAGGAUCUGACCUGAGAACCAGCUCCUCCAGUCUAGGAGGCAGGCUACCUGCCUCAGCCCUGAGAGGGAAGAUUCAGGCCCUUCCUUGGUACAUGACCCGUUCCCAGGAGAUAUUAGGAACUCUGGACUAUCCGUCCACUAGUUCCAUAAAUGGCGACACAUCUGGAUUUGGCUCUGGUUUGUCUGUAGCCAGUGGCUUAUCAGACCUAAACAAAACUCCUGUCAAGGACAAAGAGAGUGUGCCCUCAAAAUCAGGAAUCAAAGGGACCAUUUUAGAUGAUGGAGCUGAAGUUGUCAUAGCAACAAUCAAAGAGGCCCAAGAAUUGUCGGCACACAUGAAAAAGGCCAGUGGAACAAACGGCUCCCACCCUAAUCUAAGUUUUAGAGAAAAUAUUGCACGUAGCAGCAGCGUUUCAUCAGAGCAGCCUCAAUCGCGGUCUCACUCAGCAGUCGGGUUGGGAGGUGUGUCCAGCAUGGAGAUUGGAGGUGACUCACCGACCUCCUCACUGGCAGACAGCACUCCUCCACAGCAACACCGGGAGGCUUGUGGCUGCCGCACUGUUUACGCCAACUGUUUCAGCGGAGACACAGAGGAUGGCGUUAGCUUUGAUGAUGAGCUCACAGUUUAUGAGUUCUCCCGUCGCAUACGCCCCAAACCUGUCCAGCCGGCACCUGCCCCAUCUCCUACAACAACACCCUCUCUCAAACCCAAUAUUCUUUCACUGCUGAGGGACAACCCUCGCCCGCUGUCUACUUUCUCUACGACCUCUUCUGAACUCAGUCCUCUUGUUUCGUGUCCAGUUUCACCCACAACCUCAUUCGGCGGCUCGCUUCGUUCCCUAACUAACAAGAAUUAUGGUGGGCUGAAAGGCGGCUUUGCCUCUCUGCGUCACGAUAUAGAUCAGCUUCUUCUGGUCUUAGAACGAGGUGCACCUGAGCAAACAGAGCAAACAUCAUGCCAAGAUGCAAAGCAAGAUAGCACAAAGUUAAAAGUAGGGCCUGAUCUAAAUCAUAACGGAACCGAAGACAGCCCUGCCCCAGAAGCAAGCCUAAAGUGUAAUAGGAUGACACCUGCUACCAUGACAGAGGCCGAGAGGAGUCUUCUUCAGGCUGAGGCUCGACGGUUAGCAUCUGGAUGUCAACGAGCCACGCGGGUAGGCUGGGCGCCCGAUGAAGCCCUGCGUUCUUUAUCCAAUAGUUUUAGUGCCCUGGUACAGCUGUCGGCAGCCUGUCUGCAAACAAACCCUUGCACUGGUUGUGACAUGUGCCAUAAUACAAAUCUGGUUCAAAAAGUUGAGGACAAUGAUGGCCAAGAGGCCAUGGACAAGCUGAAAGAGAUAGUGGGGCUGUAUCGGGAGUUUGUUGGGGCUGUUGAGACAGCUGGAACUGGCGCUGGGGCAGUGGGUAGGAGCGGGGGCGUCAAUGGGACCGUACAGGGUCAGGGAGAGGGCGACGGGGUAAGGCUGCUAGCCAAACGAUGCACUGUGCUCAUCUCGUCUGUAUUCGCACUCACUCAGCUCUUCCGGACACCCACGGUAGAGCCCUCGGACACACCCGGACAUGUACCUCUAAACUUUUGAUCUGUGAACUUUUACCCACUAAUAACGCACUGACUCUAGAGGUGAAGACAAGAAGAAGCAGCACAGAGCUAUCUGGUGUGUAACGCUUGUGUUCUUGUACAGUAAGUGCCAUGCACACCACACAACACCACAGCACACACACACCCACAUUGAAACACAAACACCAAACACACCCCUAAAACGAAGCGAUGUCACUUCGUUGUUAAACCUCUCCUUGGACGCAUACGGACUAUGCAUUUGUACAUAUGAAUUUUAUAAUUAUCUCAUAAUUCUCUUAUUUUAUGAUACAAUAUGUGUAUGUAUGUAAUGAUGAAUUACCCAUGUAUGUAUUUAUGUAUUUAUUUUUACAAUAUUUGCACCAUGAUCUGUGACUGGCAGGUCUCUGGUGAGGAAAAAAAGAACUAUGGAUGUCACUGGAACUUUUUUUUCCCCCCUCCCCUUUGAGACAGUAUUACGUUAUCUUUUUGCUGCUUUAAAUAUUGCUCCACUCCACAAGGUGUAAUCUGUAAAUUGUCAUUUUCUACGUUUAUGAUUACGGUACAUUUACUGACAAACUACAGGAACUAUUCUGUAUCUCACUUGCGAAAUAUAGUAAUAAAUGAUUUGUUUUAUAUGUGCAGGUUUUGCACCUUUGUAAGGAUUUAGUUUUUCAACAUUACAGUCACGACUAUACCAUUACACAGCAGGGAGAGCACUUUUGACUGUUACAGAUUGCACCUUUUUUUGAGACAUGUACCCUUGUGUAAACUGUUUUUCUGCCCCUUCCCGGUCCAUACCUGACUUUGUGUGAAUGCUUCCUGGAUAUAACCCCAUUCCCAAUCGUAUGCAGUAUUAUAAUAUUACUCUAGUUUUCAUCCAAAGGACACUACAUACAGUAUAUAUUUUCUGGGAAUGUGUGGGUGAGGUCCACCAAAACAGGGGACCUUAUUUAUGUAGUUUUUUUUUUUUUUUGACGAGGCACAAGAGUGACUGUUAAACUCUAUCCAGAUGUAGCAAAGAUCCAAAGUCUUAAAACACUGAGCCACAACUGUUCCCUGCCAAUGUUUCGUCUUUGGGUGCACCACUUUAUUAACUGAGUACUGACUGAUGGAUGGGCUGAUGGUCAAUGCUGGGGUCAGAACUGUAGAUAUACAUUUAUAUCUCUGUGUCCUAUUCUGUCCCUACUUUAGUUUAUGGCUAUGCAAACAUAAACCCCUCAACCCCCCCCCCACAUACUCUGUUGUUUUUUUGCGCUAACAUUAAAAACAAACAGCAGCUGCAUUAUGUUUGCUUGAAUAUAAUGGAUGCUUUCUUUGUUUGGAAUGUUGGUUUUUGUCUUGUUUCUGGAAAACUUUCUGCAUUAAGGAAUGCAACAUUUUGCAAGGUUGCAUGGCAUUAGCAUUUUGUCAAUAUAAAGACUUCUGUCUAUACUGAUGUCUGUGAACUUUCAGUAAAAGGACUACGUUGCUCAAUCGGUUUGCUGAUGUACAGUGUUCACUUAUCAGCUCCUCCAUAUCACAUGACGCCAUCCGAUUUGAAGGAUUUACUCGAGCCACCUACAAACAACAGGAAGCUAAUUAAGCCAAAUCAGUCAGCGGUUGCUUAUUCAAAUAUGAUAAGGGGAUUAGCUGAAAUAAAGACUGCUUAAGUGCUGAGAAACAGCUGGUGAGGGGAAAGGUAGUGUAUUUAAUCUUCCAGACUGAUGACUGAGGGAAAUUUUGUUAAGGUAGUUGUGCAGCGUCCAUCACCGUGCUAACGUCAAGACGUUGUGUCUCAGGAGGGUCUCCUGUUGUUCAUUAGGCUGGCUCCAUCAGUAAAGAGUGCCUGUGUCACUAACUCUUUCCUGUACGGGAACAUUGUAUGAACAGCAUUUCAUAGUCAGAGAGUCCACUGUGUUUCUACAGAAGCAGCCACUUUUCCAUCCCCACAUAAAACAUGAAGUUAAUGUACCAAGAAAUGUAUUGUUUGGGAAUAAAUGAAACACUGACCUUAAUAAUGCUGUCUUGAA